GUUGUUCUCUGGUAAUGGCUGUAAACAUCGACACAGACUAGUUUGCAGAUUAUUUUUCCAAGUAAAACGGUUAGUUGUUUGGAAUGGAAUGGUAUGCGACAUUUGACAACUUUGCGUAACACGAAGAGUUAUUGAGCAUUGCUUAAAAGUACAGUAAAGAUAUUGGCUAAACAAUACCAAUUACUGACAGACAGGCGGCAAAAUGCCCAUCUUAUUCGCAGUUGUUGCCAGAGGCACAACUGUUCUGGCUAAAUAUGCCAGUUGUGCCGGAAAUUUCACAGAAGUCACAGAGCAAAUUAUAUCAAAAAUUGCACCAGAAAAUUCCAAACUGACUUAUUCUCAUGGAAGUUACCUGUUUCAUUACGUGUGUGAUGACAGAAUCGUGUACUUAUGUAUAACAGACGAUGAUUUCGAGAGGUCAAAAGCAUUUUUGUUCCUGAAUGAAAUUAAAAGAAGAUUCCAGGCCCAGUAUGGUGUACGGGCACAGACUGCUCUCCCCUACGCCAUGAACAGCGAGUUUUCUCGGAUCAUGGCCUCACAAAUGAAAUUUGUAACAGAAAACCAAGAGCCAGACCAUGUAGAGAAAGUUCAAGGUCAAGUUGAUGAACUCAAGGGCAUCAUGGUCAGAAAUAUUGAUCAAAUUGCAGAUCGCGGAGAAAGACUAGAGUUGUUGGUUGAUAAAACAGAUGAACUAAGUGCUAACGCGGUCACCUUUAAGAAAAGUAGUAGAACCUUAGCUCGAUCAAUGUGGUUUAAAAACAUGAAAAUUACCAUCAUUAUUGCUGUGAUUGUCAUUGUGAUCUUGUACUUCAUAAUUUCUGCUGCGUGUGGAGGAUUAGACUGGCCCUGUACUCGCAAGUGAUCAGGUCAAACCAUUGUACUCACCUAGCCACAUAUGGAAAUCAACCAGCCACAGAUAACCUUUGUCUUUCAUAUUUAUCUUCACUGUAUCAUCAACAGCAAUAUCUCGUCAGAUACCACAUACCUGAUGUAUUAGUCUAUAGGGAUACUGUACAGUAUAAUACUUAUGUCCGGUAGAAAAAUUGUCUGUGUAAGACAUCAUCGUAUUAAACCAUUCCAGAAUUUUUUUAGGGUGGACAUGAAAAACAUGGAUCUCCCUGAGAUGAGAUAAGGAUGAUUGGGAUAGUAUCUGUAUCGAAGGAGAGAGUUGUGUUUGAGAUCUUGUAAAGAGAGAUGAUUAAUACAGAUCUGUCUUUAUCAGAUCUGUUUUGUAAAGGCAGAUAAGUGAUUCAUACUUAUAAAGAGAGAUCUUUCACGUAAAGAGAGAUUAGUGAAGCAGAUCUUUCCUGUAAAGAGAAUAAAGUCAUUAAGAUCUUUCUUGGCCAUAGAGAUGAAUGAUACAGAUUCUAUUUAAAGAGAUGAGUGACUCAUAUUUUCAUAAUAGAAAAUGAUUCAGACUACCUUAUUCGACCAUAUCCAGCCAGCAAAUCACUAAGAUUAGAUUACCGCUAAUAGAUUUAUGUUAACAGCAUUUCUUUGGGGCGAGAAUAUUCCUGUAACAAGAUUCACAUGUAGAGUGUUUACAUCUUUUCUCAGCUAUGCUGUUUCCAAAAUGAAGUACCGGUACAAAUUUCAAAAAAUAAAUUUCAAAUUAACCUUAUUUAUAUUAUACAUUAUGACUACUCCAGGUACUCCAGGUAAUUUACAAUUAUUAAAUAAAAGCAGAAUGAAAACAAAGGUAUUCAUACUGAAUUUUCCAUUUUCAUUUAUUUUUACACAGAUCACCUCAGAUAGUUUUUCUUUAAAAUGGCAAUAGUUACAGCUGACAAGUUUGUCAAAGAGAUCAUGUGUAUUUUAUUUCAAAACUUCCUCUUACUUAUUAAGCUUUUAUCACCCCUCAAAAUCAAAUUUCUUCUUUUCAUAGAAAGCACGUUUAAUCAGAAAAAUGUUUAUGCUUCUGCAACUUUACACUAUGCAGAAUGGCUUUCUGAAAUUAAGGUUCCAGUCUUUGUCAAAUUAACUUAAGAGUACCAAAAUGUCUGUUUCAAUUAGAAACCAGUCUGGCUAACUUGAAAUAUGGGUUAGUCUGGCAUAAUAAUUUUGGAAUGUGAAAUACUGUACAAUUUAGUUUGUUACACAUUAUCUGAUUCUAUACUGAAGUUAUAUGGUGACAAAGGUGUAGUUUUGGAGCUAAAAGUUGACAAAAUUUAGGCUGAAUAUUGGAGAUAAUGCAGUUUCCUACUAGCUGAAUUUUGACCAUUUUCUGAUGUUUGAUUAAAUCUAAUGAAAAUUUCACAUGGUUUAUAGUAAAUGUACUGUUAGAUUAUAAGCCAUAUUAAAGAAAAACAUUGUUUAUUCCAUCUAUAUAAUUCCCAGUAAGAUGUUAUGAACCUGUUUAUUCCAUAUAUAUAAUUCCCAGUAAGAUGUCAUGAACCAAUACGUCAAUUUACUUAUCAAAUGGAGUCACACUUUAACGUUUAUUAGAUAUUGAUUGACGACGGACUAGGUUAAAUUGUAACAUUUAUUAGAUAUUGAUUGACGACGGACUAGGUUAAAUUGUGUACCUGUGCCGAGAAACAUCCUUGAUGUAGCUCCUGCAUCAUGUCUUCUCUGUAGUGACUGGUCCGGAUCCUGGGCUUAGUUAUCGUUUAACAGUUAUAUAUACGGUACUCAAAAUGUAUGUUUUAUCACUUCCUAAUAUUAUUAUAAUUUUACAUUCAUAAACUUUUUUUGUAAUUUGUAGUUGAUGCAAGAUUAGAGGCCCCAUCGAAUAAUUCCAAAAAAAAGUUUUGAAAAUUAAACAGUGGUGCCCUAAUCUGUAUAUGAUACAUCAAGGUUUAUUUUGACCUGUAAAUACAUGUAUACAGUUAUAUUAUAUCAUACAUCUGACAUUUAUAUUUAAUUUAGUAAACCUUUACUCAAUCCAUGUACACACCUGUAUAAUUGUUCUUUUUUGAUAGAAUCAAGAAUAUUUCUGAAGUUUUCAAAUAAGAAAUACUGUCAACUGAAGCUACUAAAGAAAAUCCCGUAACUUUGAAGUUUUACUUCAAAGAAUGUUUAUGUAUAAUCGUAUCAAAGGUUUCCUUCUUUGAUAUCCGUCUAGUUUACCCUUAUGUUCAUUGCUAAAAAGUCCCUUUAUGGGUAUAUUUAAGAAUUACCUCCCUUACUUAUUUUGAUGCAUGUCUCAGAUUUUAUAAUAGCUUCUUUGUUAUUUUCUGUUGGCUUUAAGCUUGUUAUUUCUACAAAUCACAUAUAUUCCAGCUUCAUCAGUGUGUAAGAAAGAAAUUCAUACCGAUACAUCAAAGAUUUUUUCAUCCAAUUUAGUAAUUACUUUUACUACAGUCAAAGUAUAUAUGAAGAGCUGUGUAGCUUUUUGUUCAAUUAUUCACUUUACCAAUACGUCUUUUCCUGACUGGUACUGGUAUCUCUUUUGGAAAGGUUAUAUAUAUAUAUAUAUGUAAAUCACUGUAUCUGUACAGUAAGUACCAAAAGUAUUGCUAAACACACUGGUAUCCAUAUCUAUGGUUUGUUACGUUAAACAUAUGAUACAGGAAUAUGUUUCCAAAUAAUUUCUCAGUUGUGAAUGUAUAGCAAUAUUUAUUAUUCAUACUAUUUUGAUAUUGAUUCAGUUAUGAUUCAUGAUUCAAUUAUUGAAAUAAUUCAUAAUGCCAACUAUACUGUUUAGAUUUUGUUUUUUAUUUUGAUUUUGAGCUUACCAUUGAUUUAUCAAUUUUAUAGAUUUUAAUUAAAGUUCCAAUUGAGUCCAUCAGCAUAUGAUAUAUACAUAUAUUAUAUCAUUAUUUUGCACACAAAAAAAAUCUGGAGAGCAGAGGGAUGUAUCAGCUCCUUUUGAUAUACAGGAUAGAAAAUAUUUGGGAAGCAAAAAACUUAUUCUUUUCAAUAACUCUUUUUCUUAAGUAUUUACAAACAAAUUUGUAAAUAAUUCAUCUUUUGAAGAAUAUUUAUUCUGAAACAUUUUCAAGGUUUGUAUUUCAAUUUGUUACAGUAGUUGUAUUUUCUAUAGGUUUCCAUCAAAUGAAUGACAAUGCAUUAUCCUGAUAUAGAUAUAAUGGUCCAGCUUUAUGAAGUUUGGUUUGAUUACUGUUGUUUUUAUUUAGAUAUAAACUGUUUCGUUUCGUAGAUGUGUAUCUGUAUCAGUUAUGAAUUAUUUACAACACGAGUUUGAUUUUGGACCUUUUAGUAAUUAACAUCUAUUGCUUAUACAUGUAUUGUUUUUCUAUUGACAUACAUAAUGUAUAUGUAAGUUAUAGUGUACCUGGUUGGGGUUUAUACUGUAUUUUCCAUUCCAAUAUCAAACUCAUUAAUGUGAAGAGUACCUGUACUGAUAUACAAAUGAUAGGUUAUACCUACAUUGGUAAUCUGCAGUUAUUGGCAUCUUUCCCCAGGAAUUUGUAACCUACAUGUAUUGUGUUGUAUAAUUGUAGCUAAACCCAGAAUGUGAAAAUCUUAAACAGGAUUCCAGCUUUUUUCUGUAAAGUAUUGUACAUCAUUUAUAUUAGCUUAUCUCCCUUAGUUUGAAGCAGAAUCAACAAGUAUCCAAGCUAUCAAUAUUUUAAGUCUCGUUUCAUCUGUAUGAAUUUGGGAGUUUAGAGAAGGGGCCAGAACAAAAUAUGAAAAUAUUUCUUGUCAGAUGAUUGAGUCAGGAAGUGAUAUAUCAGCAAAAUAGGCUUUGAGGGAAAGGGCAUAAUUGCUUGGAUUACCAAUAAUAAUAGGUAAUAAUAUUUCCUCCAUCCGACAAAACAAAGAAAUGCAUUUGAGCCAGUCCUGUAAGAUAUAUAUCUACUGCUUAGAGACUUAAUCAUGUCGAAAGAUUAUUUGAAGGGUUGUUGGUGAAGGUUAUUCAUGAAGUAAGUAUUGCAUUAUGUGGUUAUGUAGAGUUUGACGGCAAAUGUGUGAUAAAAUACAAAUAUAUAUAUAAUUAAAAAACAAGGCCAAGAUGUUUCUUUUCAGUGUAUUUACAGUUUUCACAGGACAGUGUAUAUAUUCAUACAGUUAACAUUAUUGAGAUAUUUUCUAAGGGAGAUAAUUCUAAUAAAUUACAAUUAGUAAAGGAAAAUACUAUAAAACACUUAAUCUGUAAUGCUGAUGAAAUUGUGAAUGUAGAUAUUACACCCUUUGAUAUAAGAACACAUUAAUAUCAAACGUCUUUGUACAAUGCAUAGGAAUUUAAAUGUAAAUAUUAUGCUCUUUAAUAUAUAAGUACACAUUAAUAUCAAACAUCUAUGUACAAUGUAUAUAUGUUGUCUUAUGGGAGAAAACCAUCAUGUGUAGGUUUUCACUUGAUUUGUUAUGAAAGUGCUAUGAUUAUAAAAUUAUGUUUUCAACAGUCUAA